GGCAGAACAGCGCAGGCAGCCGCCCACCCACCAGCCACCGCAGCAGCUGCCGGGCGAGCUAGGCAAACAUGGUCGCGGCGCACACGUCCCAUCCGUCCUCCUCCAACGAGUGGAUCGCCUGCCUGGAUAAAAGGCCUUUGGAGCGUUCCAGCGAAGAUGUAGACAUUAUUUUUACCCGGCUAAAAGAAGUGAAAGCUUUCGAGAAAUUUCAUCCAAACCUUCUCCAGCAAAUAUGUCUCUGUGGCUAUUAUGAGAACUUGGAAAAGGGAAUUACAUUGUUUCGUCAAGGUGAUAUUGGAACAAAUUGGUAUGCUGUGCUGGCAGGAUCUUUGGAUGUGAAAGUUUCUGAUACAAGCAACCACCAGGAUGCUGUGACCAUAUGCACCUUGGGAAUAGGGACUGCUUUUGGAGAGUCGAUUUUGGAUAACACCCCUCGCCAUGCGACUAUCGUUACAAGGGAGAAUAGUGAACUGCUUCGAAUUGAGCAGAAGGAUUUCAAGGCACUAUGGGAGAAAUAUCGUCAAUAUAUGUCAGGACUUCUGGCUCCUCCUUAUGGUGUUAUGGAAACUGGCUCCAACAAUGACAGGAUGCCUGACAAGGAUAAUAUGUCUAGUAGCAGUCUGUGUUCAAUCUCAAAACACUGCAGCAAGACUCCUUUCAUUGAGCAUCAUAUCCCACUUCGACCAGCUAAAACCAUUACAGAGGUUCCAUCAGAAAAAAUCCUGAGAGCUGGAAAGGUGUUACGGAAUGCAAUCCUCUCCAGAGCACCUCACAUGAUAAGAGACCGCAAAUAUCACCUGAAGACAUACAGACAAUGUUGUGUUGGAACAGAACUAGUAGACUGGAUGAUGCAGCAAAGUUCAUGCGUUCAUUUACGGACACAAGCCGUUGGCAUGUGGCAAGUAUUAUUGGAAGAAGGCGUUCUCAACCACGUGGAUCAAGAACAACACUUCCAGGACAAAUACUUAUUUUAUCGAUUUUUGGAUGAUGAACAUGAGGAUGCCUCUAUGCCAACGGAAGAGGAGAAGAAAGAAUGUGAUGAAGAGCUACAAGACACAUUGCUUCUGCUCUCUCAGAUUGGACCAGAUGCCCAUAUGAGGAUGAUUCUUAGAAAACCGCCAGGCCAGAGAACUGUUGAUGACCUAGAAAUUAUAUAUGAAGAACUUCUUCACAUUAAGGCUUUAUCUCAUCUUUCUACCACAGUGAAACGGGAACUCUCAGGUGUGCUAGUAUUUGAGUCACAUCCUAAAGCAGGAACUGUCUUAUUUAAUCAAGGAGAAGAAGGAACUUCUUGGUACAUUAUUCUGAAGGGAUCAGUAAACGUUGUAAUUUAUGGCAAGGGUGUGGUAUGUACCCUACAUGAAGGCGAUGAUUUCGGCAAGUUAGCAUUAGUAAAUGAUGCUCCGAGAGCAGCUUCCAUUGUUCUUCGAGAAGAUAACUGCCAUUUCUUGAGGGUAGACAAGGAAGAUUUUAACAGAAUACUCAGGGAUGUCGAGGCAAACACUGUAAGACUGAAGGAGCAUGACCAAGAUGUCUUGGUUCUGGAGAAGGUCCCACCUGGAAAUAGGGCUUCAAAUCAGAGCAGCUCACAGCCUCUUCAACACAAGUACACUGUGAUGUCAGGAACUCCAGAGAAAAUUUUAGAACACUUCCUAGAAACAAUGCGUCUUGAAUCAAGUGAAGGAACAGAUCCUGGCUUUCAUGAUUUUGUUAUGAUGCACUGUGUGUUCAUGCCGAAUAAUCAGCUUUGUCCGGCUUUGAUGGCUCAUUAUCAUGCUCAACCUUCCCAAGGCACCGAGCAAGAAAAAGUGGAUUAUGCCCUAAACAAUAAAAGGCGAGUCAUCCGCCUAGUUUUGCAGUGGGCUGCUUUGUGUGGAGAUCUCCUGCAGGAAGAUGAAGCUGCCACAGCCUUUCUGGAGGAGUUUUAUGUGUCUGUAUCAGAUGAUACGAGGAUGAUUACAGCACUCAAAGACCAACUUCCAGAGCUGGAAAAAACUAUGAAACAGCUAUCAGAAGAAGCUAAAGCACCUCAGAAAAAGCACAAAGUUCUUUUGCAGCACUUUAAUACAAGUGAUGAAAGGACUCAAAAACGGCAGCCUAUCAGGGGAAGCGAUGAAAUUUUGUUCAAGGUGUACUGCGUCGAUCACACCUAUACCACUAUCCGAAUACCUGUGGUGUCUUCUGUUAAAGAAGUCAUCAGUGCAGUGGCUGACAAACUGGGCUCUGGAGAUGGCUUGAUAUUAGUAAAGAUGAGCUCUGGAGGAGAAAAGGUGGUAUUGAAACCUAAUGAUGUUUCAGUGUUUACAACUCUCAGUGUUAACGGCCGUCUCUUCGCUUGCCCUCGAGACCAGUUUGACUCACUGACACCACUACAGGAACAGGAAGGCCCCUCAACUGGAACCAUGGGAACGUUUGAACUCAUGAGCUCCAAAGACUUAGCAUACCAAAUGACAGUGUACGACUGGGAGCUCUUCAACUGUGUGCAUGAGCUGGAACUUGUCUACCACACAUUUGGAAGGCACAAUUUUAAAAGGACGACAGCCAAUUUGGACCUAUUUCUGCGAAGAUUUAAUGAAAUCCAGUUCUGGGUAGUCACCGAGAUUUGUCUCUGUUCCCAGCUCAGCAAACGCGUUCAGCUCCUGAAGAAGUUUAUUAAGAUAGCUGCCCACUGCAAGGAAUACAAAAACUUGAAUUCUUUUUUUGCUAUAAUCAUGGGGCUAAGCAAUGUAGCCGUGAGCCGCCUCACCCUGACAUGGGAGAAACUUCCAAGCAAGUUCAAGAAGAUCUAUGCAGAGUUUGAAAGCUUAAUGGACCCUUCAAGAAACCACCGGGCCUACAGACUCACCGUAGCUAAGCAGGAACCUCCCGUAAUUCCAUUUAUGCCUUUGCUUAUAAAAGACAUGACAUUUACUCAUGAAGGGAACAAGACAUUCAUUGACAGUCUAGUAAACUUUGAAAAAAUGCGUAUGAUUUCCAACACUGUCAGAACAGUGAAAUUUUGUCGGAGCCAACCUUUCAGCCCUGAUGCAUCUCUGGCAAAUAAGAACCAUCAGGAUGUCCGAAGUUACGUGCGGCAAUUAAGUGUGAUUGACAAUCAGAGGACUUUAUCACAGAUGUCGCAUCGCCUAGAACCACGCCGUGCUUAAAUGUUUCCAACGACGACGCCUCCCUUUUUCUCGACUCCAAGGUCAUUUGUUAAGAAUGCCACCUCUUCCCUGCUACUGCACUGCCACUACAAAUGUAAGCAACAACAGAUUCCAAAAUGUCCUAGGUAAUUGAUGCACAAAUGUACCCGCUGGUGGAAAAAUAACAGAGGAGAUGAAUGAGAUCACUCGCCACCGCAGCUGGGAGGAGCCUCACGUGGUAUGCACUUAGUUAAUUUUGAAACAUACUAAAAAGUCUUGUACAUAAUAGAAAUCUUUAAAAGGGGGGGUGGGGGGGACAAGAGUCUGGAAGGAAAAAGGUAAACUAGUUGAUAAAUUAUGAACCUAAAACUUUUGCCAUUUCCAAGGAAUGUAUAGAUGGGUACUCUUAACUAACAAAAGAAAUUGCAGUAUUCUCUCCUCCGUUAUCAAAUUUAAGGCUGUAUUCUGCCAUGGUUUUGCAUGUUUAGUCCACAUGAGCAUCGGUGUCAAAAAAACAAAAACUAAUGGCAUAAAGUAGGUAGGUAUAGUAAAAUAUUGCCAUGGCUUUAGUAUUCAGGGAGUAGUAAAAGCCUUUCCCUGCAAUAGGAUGUUUUUAAAAGUCAUCUCUUAAAUGCAUUUGCCUUACUACAGUAAUACAUCAUGACCACUUAAAUAAACUCCAGGAUUUCUGGGAGUUUCUUCUAUGGGAGGUGCCUAUUGUUUACAUUUCAGUUGUUUUAGGGAUUUUUUUUUUUUAGCUGCUAGACAGGACUAUACAAAAUAACACUACAAAAUGAAAGGGUUUUUCAGAAAAUGGCAUUAGAAGAAGCAAAAACAAAACCCACACACAAACACUGUCAGUGAGAGCACAAUCUGCACAAAUAAUUUCAGGGUAAUCUUUUUCUGGACAAUGAAACUUUCAAUAUCAGCAACUUCUUAAUUCUUUACUCGGUCUAAUUUUGGCAAACGUUUUGCACUUUGAAGUUAGGUGGCCUACAGAAAUGUUAAUGCUCAUCCGUUGUUAUGGAGUUGUUUGUUUUAUGUAUUUAUGUAUUUGUCGUUGUGCCAUAAUAAUUAAUUUUUAUCAACUUUUUAUUUAGCAUGUAAUUGAAGUACAAUUUGAUGUACAUUUUGCAGCCAGGAGAAAAGUGUGUUGUAUGUUUUAUGUAAAUAAAAUGCACUAUUAAAUAUAACAGCC